AUGAAAUCAACGAAGACUAAGCGCCAGAAAAUUAAUGAAAGAGAGCAAGAGAAGCAGCUACUUCACGGUAUAAUUUCCAUUGCGUUGCCGAUCUCAGGCGUCGAAUUGAUUCUGGACAGGCGAUUAUGCGAAAUGCAGAGAAAAGCGAGAGAUAUAAAAGGGCAGCUUUUGACGGUCCCCAUCGAGUCUUCCGGAAAGGGAAUCAUUCACCUUGCGAUCGAGCUGUCCAACGAGGAAGAUCUCCAAUUCCUGCUUGAGUUUGAACCGCCCCUCGACCAGCAACAUCCAUGGCCGAUCUUUUCAGCUUUCGAAGGCGAGGCAGUAAAUGAGCGACUCCAGAAGUUGUUUCGACUCUGCAAACCAAAGACGCAUGCGGAAUGGUACGAAGGGCUCAAGUACUCGCGACUUGAAGGAAAAGAGUAUCUCAAAGCGUUCUGGUGGGUCGAGCAGAUGAAGUACUACGCGGAAGAAAACGAGAAGGUCAAGGCAUUCGUCCGGCCUGGCUGCUACACGCCAGACUUUGGAUGCAACAGAGAGAGGCCACGGAGAGUUCGAGUUACAGAUAAAAUUGAAGUGAAGGAAAAACAACCGAAGAAAUUGAAGAGCAAUUCUUUUUCAAGAAGAGUUUGGAAUGGCCUUGUAAAGAUGAAAGAGCGACUACUGGUUGUGAAAAAGAAAAGAGACAGCAACGAGAAGGAGAAUGAAGAAAACGAACAGGAAGACGAAGGAUUCGGGAGCUUCGAUCGACGAGAUGUGCGAAGACGAUAUGUUCAGAAGAGAAGUGGAAGUCGGCGGUUCAGGCAAAUUCGAAAAAACACUGCGGCGAAUUUGUGGCGAGUGAAGUCAGACUCGGCGCUGGAAUCUGAACCACCGUCUCCGCCGUUUCCGCAAAGCAAGACAAUUCCAGCCGAACUGAGCGAGGAGAUCAACAAGAUUCGAAAAAUGAGCAAGAGUACGAGCACCUACCACCUAAAUCAACUCUCUGCGGACGAGCCGGAAUCUGGACCGGUUUCGGAGUUUCCAAUGUCGAUGCCGAAUUUGCAUGCGGAGGAAUCGGAAGAAGGAAAACUGAAGCUCAAGCGUUGGGAUACGACUGCGACUCUUUGCGAGCUUACUAUCACUGCUGUCUGA